CGAAAGGGUUGGAGUUGUGUUGUUUUUCCGCGGAGAGCAUGAGCUCGAACCGUGUGCCCGCGUGUGCCUGUGUGCCUUGAGCAGAGAAAGCAGUGAAGGAAAGAUUAUGGCAUCACCGCAAGGGAACCCCGAAGCGUAGAAAGACGGCCCAAUCAAAACAGACCGUCAAAAAGAAGGGUAUCAUCGCGUGGUGGUGAGAUGAAUCAAUCAAUGCGCGCGAGCGAGAGUGGGAACCAGUGAGCGAGUGUGAGCAGAAGGCACGAUCUAAGAAGAAUCGACCACCGGACGACCGGAACCGCAGAACGGAACUGUCAAACAGCGGGCCGCAAAAGUGUGCAAGAACCGGAUCAGGAUUUGGAGUUUGGUGUGAGGCUAGGAAAGUGAGAAAGUUCGUCCUUUGCCGCCGUGUUAGCUGCUUGAAUACGUACCCAACACAGUGUUCUGUGUUUCGAUCGAGAUCCGUGGCGGAACAGGAGUACACUUUCAUGGCGGCCAGCCGUUGGCAAUAGUGCGUAAUUCUCGGAGGCACACCUCGGAUCAGAACAAGGGAGAGAAUAGUGACGUAUUGUGCGUUCAGCACAGCAAGAGCUCACAAAAUGCCGGUCGCACUGAACGGGUCCAUUCCGCUGCCAUCGGUGCGCGUCUACACCAGCAUCACGGUGCUGAUGAUGUCGGCGUGCCUCUACUAUGCCCUCAUCAUGACCAGUGAUCCCCACUGGCGGCAGCACGCUAACAUAACGACACCGUCCGGAACCGGGACGAGCAUCGUAGGAUCGUCACCGCUAGCAGCAUCCCCAGCAGCAGCAGCGGCAUCCACAACAGGCCACCAGGCGGCCGCCGCUGCCGCCGCCGCCAGUCUUGAAGGGCCGUCGUCAAUUGUUGGUGACGCGGGUGGCGGUGGCAAACUGGACGUGACCGCCGGGCCUUCGCUGCUGUCGGUGCAGGAGAUCGAAACGCUCGAGGAGAAAAUACUGGCAGCGGCCGAUUUACCCGAUCUGCGACAGAUGCUGCGCAGAGACACGGUAGCCACGCCGUCGACAGACGAUGGCACAGACGCCGGGGGGUCUAUUGACGAGGAGGAUGAGGAGGACGACGACGAGCGGUGGGCGGGAAACGACACGCGUACGGUCGGUGCCUACCUAAAGGACACGGUGUCGUUUAUGGCGACGGAACCGUUUUGCAUUUGGACUUUAAUCAACACCGCGUACUGCUGCCUGAUACUGCUCGGUAAAUCGAUACAGAAGUUCGUCUUCGGGGAGCUCCGGAUAUCCGAACAACAGCACAUGAAGGACAAGUUCUGGAACUUUAUCUUCUACAAGUUUAUCUUCGUGUUCGGCGUUGUCAACGUGCAGUACCUGUACGAGGUCAUACUAUGGGUGUCAUGGUUUUCGGCCCUCGGAUUCUUGCACCUUCUGUCGCAGCUGAGCAAAGAUCGGUUCGAGUACCUUUCCUUCUCGCCGACAACUCCAGGAUGGUCGCACUUCCGGCUGAUCUCGCUGCUCGUCGUGAUCCUCACGCUCGCCGGCCUGAUGGUGGUGAUCUCGAUCGGUGUCGGUGUGUUCGUCGGUAGCUUCAACACGUUCGCCUUCAUGGCAGCGGAGUGCGUUCUGUUGGCGGUACGAACGAUGCACGUGCUGAUACGGUACGGGAUGUUCCUGCACGAUAUGCGCCAGGGCCGCAUCGGAAGUGACUCCAUUUCGUGGGAUAAGCGUGGACCGGUGUCGUACUACAUCGAGCUAACGUUCGAAGUGGCCGCGCUGGUGGUGGAUCUGGUUCACCACGUCCACAUGCUGCUGUGGAGCAACAUCUUCCUGUCGAUGGCCAGCCUGGUGAUCAUCAUGCAGUUGCGCUACCUGUUCAACGAGAUCCAGCGCAAGAUCAAGAAGCAUCGCAACUAUCUCUGGGUGUUGAACCACAUGGAGAAGAGCUAUCCGUUGGCGACGGGCGACGAUCUGAAGGCCAACUCGGACAACUGUGCCAUCUGCUGGGAGAAGAUGGAAACGGCCCGCAAGCUGCCGUGCGGUCACCUGUUCCACAACUCGUGUUUACAAUCGUGGCUCGAGCAGGACACAAGCUGCCCGACGUGCCGGCUGGGACUGAGCGUCCACCAGAACGGAGGUGGCCCACGGGCCGGCAAUCCGCUGCUGCUGGGCGCGGGCGACAUCCGUAUCGAUGAUCGUGAGGACGCCACGGUCGGCGGUGGUGGUCGUACGGCCAACAAUCACUUUUUCCACUUCAACGGUUCACGGUACGUGUCGUGGUUGCCGAACUUUUCCGUCGAAGUGACGCACAUCAACAAUAUGCUGCGCCCCGUCGAUACACUACCGCUGACGGCGGCCGCCGCCAAUCACACGUCGCAGGUGCGCAACAUGGCCCGGCACGUGCAGGAAAUGUUUCCGCGCUACCCGUUGUCGGUGCUGAUCGGUGAUCUGCAGGUGUCGCGCUCGAUCGAGGUAACGAUCGACAACAUUCUCGAGGGCCGGCUACAGAUUCCGUCGGGGGUUGCGGCAGCUGGCGCAUCCGGCGGGUCGUCACCGUUCGAUGAGGAGGAGCAGGAGAAUCCGGUGCCCACCACGUCGUCAUCGUCGCCGGCACCGACGGCGUAUCGUGGCGAGGAAGAGGUCGAUGACGAUGACGAUCAGUUCUAUCCGGCAACGGUAGGCGGUGGUGGUGAAGAUCGAUCACCGGUCAGCAGCUCGUCGUCGGGUUCCGUAUCGUCCCUGUCCUCACUGCACACCUCAGCCACCACGGCCACGGCUGCCGGUUACGAGGUGGAACGUGGAACGAAAAUUUUCGGCAGCUACGACACGCUGCUGCGUGACGACAGUGCGGAAGAAACGGCCGUUCCGUUCGGUGAUCGGUUCUCCAAGAGUCCAGAAGAGCGCGAGAAAAUCCUGCAACGCCGCAAGGAGCAGCUGCUGGCCAUUGCGCGAAGAAGAUAUUUGGAGAAAAACAAAUCGGAGCUUAACCACCACGCGAAAGGCCCGUCCAGCACUACGGUUCGACAUCGGAACAAGAGCUGCAUGGAAACAUCGUCACCGUCGUUGGCGUCGACGUCGUCUGUCGGCGGCGAGGGAAGCAGCUCGUCGUCGUCACCCUUCGACAGUGAGCUGCCCAGGUCAUCCUCCGCCACAAUGACCGCUUCCCACUCGCAGCAGUCGGAGGAUGGCAGCUUUUAAACGCUAAAUCGUGAUCAUCGUGCAGGAAGGUGUAUCUUCUAAUUUUGUUGCCGUGAGCCAUGCGCGCGUGGCCGGGGACCGGACCCCGGCCAACGGACAGACAGACGGACGGUGCUGUGAAAGUAUCAUUAUCGUUUAUUGUGUUAGGUAUUUUUUGAAAUCCAUCGCCACUGCAAACCCAUUAAUAGCCCGCUCGGGAUACGAUAUUCUCGCAUCAUUUGCUUUUACUCGAUUAGAAUUUUAGCCACCCCCCCAUUUUGCAUUAGUUUUUAUCUUCAAUCCCUGCGCUGCGCAGAUAUAUUUACCAACAAACAAUUGAUAAGAGCGCCGCGUGUGUCGUGUGAUCGAAUGAACGAGAUAAACCACCCGCCAUCCUCCUCUGUGUGUGUGCGUUUUUUAGAGGAAUAAUUAACUUAGAACUCAGCUUAGAUAAUUCGCGCCACAAAGUAGGGCCGCGCAGCCCGACGCUGUCGAUUAGAGAGAAAAGGAGAGAGAGAGAGAGAAGUAGUGUAGCAGAAUGUAAACAGCGCGCGCAUAUGUGGCAGGCGUGAUUGGGACUGUGGGACCCGAUCUCUAGAAAUGGGUGUCACUGUAGCCUGACCACCAAACGUUGCCAACCGCGGUCGCCACCAGCAACACGAACAGAUAACAUGAACCCCGUUGUGAUGAUAUUUAUUUUCUACUAGGGAACAACAAAUCAAAAUCCUGUGUACUCACACGUGCGGACACGCGGCUCCGUGUUAGUAGUGUGGCCAUUGUUGAGCGGCCACAAACACGGGCCACUUCAAAACAAUUCGCUUCCUUUCCCGCGUAAUCUAUUUCGGCCACCAUUGGGGCGCGAUAUUGUGUGCGGAGCAGAACGUGCGAAUGAAUAAUAACGUCGAUGAUGAUGAUGGAUUUUGAAUGUACGACGGAAAGCCGCCAACAGGCAAAAAACGGAUGAAGAAUAUUUCGCUCUGCCCGGAAACAGGAACGCGUCAUCGUCGUAGCCGCCGCCGCGCCGACCGAGGGGCUAUAGUCAAAAUUAUGACAAACUUAAGUCAACUAUUAGCGAGCAAAUGCAAACA